AUGCCUCCGGGCACAGGCGCCCACCUUCAACGAGGCGAUCGUACAGGGGAGCAAGUCCUCCGGUUGCCUCUUGGUCAAGCGACCAAUGGACACCAUCGCGCUCGCAGUGUCAAUGGGCAUGCUCAUCAGUACAGUGACACCAGCGACAUGUUUGCCAACUUCUUUGAGCCCGAGCAAGGCAUCGCUGCAGAAGGCAGCACAUCUGCAGGCAUCACUACUCGCAAGAAACGCAAGCCCAACCCCAAGCCAUCAGUGCGACAGAGCCGGCGCGCAAAGUCUGCGACUGUGAGCGAUGACUUGCAGUUUGGCGAGCCAGGAGAAGGCGAGGAAGAGCAUCGCAAGAUCCCGAUUCACUACAUCAGCGAGAAGACCAAGAGGAGCAUCACCUUUUCCAAGCGGAAAGCGGGCAUCAUGAAAAAGGCCUUCGAGCUCUCGACCCUCACAGGCACUCAGGUCGUGCUGCUCGUCGUAUCAGAAUCUGGCUUGGUCUACACUUACACGACUACACGCUUCCAGCCACUGGUCAGCCAUCCUGUCGGACAGGACAUCAUCAAGCAGUGUGUCGCUGGCGAGACUGACUUGAGAUCGCCCACGCUUGCCGCGGAAGCGCCCAGUCGGAUGCAGAACAUGACCAGUCUCAAACCGAUCAGGCCGUCUACGCAGAUACAGGGCGGCCAAGUUGCGUUGGACUUGCGGAACCACACAAGUCAUUCUACCGAAGCUGAGACCCCGCUCGAGCAUUCAGCGAGCACGCCAGUCAGCCUCAACGCUAUCAUGGCUCGACAAGAAAGCGGCAUGCGCCCGCCCUCUGAUCCUUCGCCAUCGCCUCGUACACGGCUUUCGGAUCUGUCGGCUGACAGUCCCUUGGCUCCUCGCCCGAGAUCUCUAUCGACAUCAGGCACGUUUCAGCAAGAUCUCGACCGCGCCAAGAGAGAGCAAGACGCCCAGGGUCAGAAUAGGCUCGUCCGCGUCUACGAACAGUGGCAUCAGUAUACGGACGAUUACAAAUUGCCACACUCGCCGGGCCACGCACAUCCGGCGUCCGCGCCAGUGCAGCAAGGGGCUACCGGCUCGCCAUUGCUCAUCAAAGGCGGCUCAGCGUCAUCCGCAAGACCUAGCUCAUCUCAAGGGGAGCCGUCCAGCUCCGUGUUGAUCGAUCCCAAUCUAGACUCGAGGGCUGUUGCAAUCGAUGCGGGGCCUUCUCCGUCCUCGCCUUCGCGAGUACAUUACGUGCCGCCUGUUCCGCACGCCGAUCUGAUGCCCUCAUUCUUUUCGCGCUACGGUCGAGCACCUCGCACUGGCGUCCUUGCGAUCGAUAGUCUAGGGACUAGCAAGAUACUGGCAGAAACCAAGGAGAUCAUUGCACAGAGUGGCGUGACCGCCAGGAGCGGCGAUCCUGCCCACGUCGAGAUCGACGGCGACCAGCUAGCCGCACUCUACGCAAGUUACGGCGACAAGGUCCGUUCCGUCGCUUCCCGGGCUCCACAGACGCCCGCGGAGCCCGCUAGAACGCCUGCAUCUGAUCGCAGCCGUCGGAGCUCGAUUGAAUCGCCGGCCGCGUGGAAAGCAGCCUUUCUCCAGUCGCGGCCUACAUCAGCAGACAGAACGUCAGCUCUUAUGAACGAUCCAUCCGAGUCGCCUGAUUAG